GCAAAAAGGUAACUAGCAGAAUGAUUUAAAAAGGAACGGAAAAAGUCUGAAAGGAUACAUAAGAAAAUGCAAGCUCUUUAACUUCCGACACCAGGGUGGUCGAAGAGAAGGAAUAUUUAUAACAUAAGGGUUUAAUGAUCGCUGAGAACCCUUAACGUGCCUGACUCUGGGAGAGGCAACUUUUAUUUUCAAAUGCUGGAUGUUAUCGAAGAGGAAAAAAAACUGAAAUUUGAUUUUUUAAAAUUAUUUUGUGUGGUCUCUUGUGCUGUCAUUAAGAAUUUUUUGACGCGUUCCGCUUCAUGACUCUCUGGGUCAUAUUCGAGAGAGACUUCAGUCUUUCAGAUCAGAUUACUACUACCGACCUAUUCCUCAUUUUAUUCUCCUAGGAGUUUUACAAGGAAUGAAGCGACACUAUUCAACUCAUGGCAAAUCUUGCCUGGAACCAAGAUCCCCAAUCUUUUGUGGCUGAAUUGGAGUAUGGCAGUGACGAGCCGUGUUGGAAUCCACUCUGGUAUCAAGCUCUGGGCUGAAAGGUCUGUGCUUGAAGGACGAUGGAAGCUCUCCCUCAGGCUGUGACCAUCCCGGAGGGGAAGGUGCGAGAUGAGCACAGUGGCUGGAGGCCGUGUGGCAGGAGAUCACCGCAGUUGAGCACUGUUGGUCGCGGUGCCCACCAGCAUUACUCAACUUUUGAAGCCUCGAUGCCAGCCGAUUCAUUGCUCCAUGACUAUGGUUACCCCUAUGACCCCAGCAUCCCACAAACCGUGCGGGGAUUUGUUCCGUCAGACAGCCCCGCUCACUCUGAUGUACCCUUCACAAACUGGCCCCCUCAUCAGAACCAAGCCAGGGACAGCCAGGCAGUGUGCAGUACCAUGCAGCAACCCCCGAACCAGUACAUGGACCAGCACCUGAAGCCAAGCCAAGGGCAGUGUCCCAACAUCCCCGCACCCCACGGACUCGCAUCAGCAGAGGGACGCCACACUGAAAGUUUCUGUCACCAAGCAAACAUACCGGCUGACCAUUAUGGGGAGGUCACAAUGCAGUCCACUGCUGAACACAUGCAUUCAAUGGAAGGACUCAGUUCCAGAUUCUCAACUCCUCGCAGUACCAUGAAGAUGAAUAAGAAGCGAGCCCUGUCUAUCUCGCCGCACUCUGACAGCAGCAUUGACCUUCAGACCAUGAUCAGGACAUCCCCCAGCUCUCUGGUUGCUUUUGUCAACUGUAGUUCCACAACGAGUGGGUCCUAUGGACAUUUGUCCAUUACAGGGAUCAGCCAAACUUGCGGAUUUCCACAUUCUACAACAGCGACCUCCAAGUACCAGCAGUUCCUCCUUCAGCCAAAAGGGGUGGCCACUACGUUUAGUAACACACAGCCUCUCAGUCACCCCUCACUGCCAGAUGGCUCUCGACAGCACCAGCCCAGUGGAGCCUCGUUACUGCCACCUUCACACCCAGAUAGGACCUCCAGGGCCUUGCAGAUGAAAGCAGAGUCAUCAAUCAGCAGUACGAUGGACCAACUCAAUGGGAAAUGUCCAGAGGAGAAGGCUGAGGGAGAUGUCUCCAGUCCUGCCUCUACGGGCACGCAGGAUCACUUGUUGGGAACGAUGGAUGGAAGGGAAGAUGGAGAUAAGGAUGACGGCAAGCAGGAGCCAGAAAGCGUCUAUGAGACUAACUGUCACUGGGAAGGAUGCAGUAACGAGUUUGAUACUCAAGAUCAGCUCGUGCAUCACAUUAACAAUGAGCACAUUCAUGGAGAGAAGAAGGAGUUUGUUUGCCAUUGGCAAGAGUGUUCAAGAGAGCAGAGGCCAUUUAAGGCCCAGUACAUGCUGGUGGUUCACAUGAGGCGGCACACAGGAGAGAAGCCUCAUAAAUGUACAUUUGAAGGUUGCAAUAAGGCCUACUCCAGGCUAGAGAACCUGAAAACCCACUUGCGGUCCCACACUGGAGAAAAACCCUACGUCUGUGAGCAUGAGGGCUGCAAUAAGGCAUUCUCAAAUGCGUCUGAUCGAGCCAAGCACCAAAACAGGACUCAUUCCAAUGAGAAACCAUAUGUUUGCAAGAUCCCGUGCUGCACCAAGCGAUACACAGACCCCAGCUCAUUAAGGAAACAUGUUAAGACUGUGCAUGGCCCCGAGGCACAUGUGACCAAAAGGCAACGUGGUGAAGUUAAUGUGAGGACUUCCACAACACAAGAUGGAAUAAGGCCCAUGCUGGGACAGAAUGGAGAAAUUCAGCAUGAGGAGAAGUGUAGUACUGCCACCAGGAAGAUGGAAGAUUUCCUGCAGGGAAAAUUAAUGGUGCCGGACACUACCAGGAAGUUGCAGACCAGCCCUGGAGGUCGAUCAUCAAGCAGCAGUGAUAGAUCAUUUCAGGGAAGCGCCAACAACAACGACAGCGGGGUGGAGAUGAAUGUUAAUGGCGGCGGCAGCUUCGAAGACCUGACGAGCAUCGAAGACGUGCCCUCCACAGAUUCCACGGUUCAUUUGGGUGCGGCAGAUGCCGGGCUGCGCAGGAAUGCCACAGCACUGCAGCGGUUGGCCAACCUGAAGAUUGGAAAGCUCAAGCAGAUACGCAAACCCAUGCCGCCCUCACGGGCGGUGAAGCUACCCAUGAUACAAGGUAUUGCUUUGCCUGGAGAAGUCGCCACGUGUGUAUCCUUGGCACAGCCAUGUCACCGCCUUGCGGAGCUGUCGGCCAGAGAUCCCGCGGCAAGGAACCAGCUCACCGAGCGCCGCAGUAGCACCACCAGCACCGUCAGCUCAGCAUACACGGUCAGCCGGAGGUCAUCAACUAUCUCUCCUUACUUGUCCAGCCGUCGGUCCAGUGAAGUCUCCCUGGUGGGGGGCCGUGGCAACAAUGAAUCGUACAACCCCAUGUCCCCCGACUCCUCACAGGGAUGCAGUGAGGUAAGCCAGUGUUCCAUGCUCCCGGCACUGCCCACCCUCUCCCCAUUACAGCAAUACCGCCUUAAAGCCAGGUACGCCGCGGCCACAGGAGGACCACCACCCACGCCCUUAUCAAACCUGAAGCAGGCGGGCACCAAUGUCAGUGAGUUGAGCAACCCCACCAGGCCCACCUUCCCACCUCACGGCCCUUGCCGAGGCGGGGACGGCAGUUUCCAUGGCUAUGGUGCAGCCAUGCUCAGACACCAGGACGUCCAUGCCAUCGACUCGAGGCGAUCGAGUGAACCAGUGCGGGUGGCCGACGGCGCGCAGUUGAUGCCGAAGGUGCAGCGAUUCAACAACCUCAAUGACAUCAGCCCUUCCAUGAUCCCAAGGAGAAACUACAACCCGCAGCAUCUUGCGGGCUCGGAAACAAAUCUCCACGGUUGCAUCUACUCCCCGCGCCCGCCAAGUAUCACUGAAAAUAUCCUGAUGGAGGCUGUCACCAUGGAAACGUCCAAUCAAGCCAAUCCUGGGCUUCCCGGUGACAUGGCGCCUUAUCAGAAUUACCAAGGGGCCAAUGUUCCUUUAUUAAAUGAUCGUGUCUGCAACACACAAACGGUGGAGCUUCACAACGCAGUGGGAAUGCCCAGUCAACAGCUCUAUGGCAACUCCAAUAGAAAUGCAGGAAACAUGCAGGUUAGCUUAGCCCAACAGGCCCCGAUGGACAGUAACAUGGCACAGCAGCAAUACGCUGUCGAUCAGUUCCAGAACCAGGGACAGGGAUGUUCUCAUGAGAACAACAUGCCAGUUCAGUGGAAUGAGGUUAGCUCGGGGAGCAUGGAUGUCAGCUCCAUUGAAAUUCCGAAUCAGCAGAGCAUUGAGCCAAGCCCGGCCCAACUUAGUCAGUGCCUUAAGCGGGUCAGUCAGAGCCCGCAUUCUUCCCAGUACUUGAAUAAUUUUAUCCAGCAAAACGUGAAUGUGACUCACAAUGCCCUGAGCGAGCAGAGUAUGUUUAACCAUGACCAAAUGGCACACCCUGAAUAUCAACAGAUUAAACCAGAGCAUCAGUUGCACCAGAUAGUGCCAAUGUUAAAUCCCUGCCAAAGCAUAAAGCAAGCAAUAGUGACCAGGCCAAACUUCAACCUACCUAAACAAACCAUAGCUAACACCGAAGAGAUGAGCCAGCAACAGAUGGAAUGCUCAUCACGUUCCUGCUUUGAUGCAGCCGCAACCUCAGGAAUGCACAGCUCCCCAUUACGGAGCCGAGUGCACACGCCCAUGAUGCAAGUCAAGGAGAUGAUGGUGAGGAACUACAUCCAGUCGCAGCAGGUCCUCAUGUGGGGUGAGCCACAGCACAGCAAUAGUGUCACACCACCACUGGACGUCAACGUUGGUAGUCCGAUCCAAGCCAUAUGUAGCCCUCCUCACAGCCUCAGGACCCAAAGUCAUCCGUACUCAGCUUACGGAGAUUGCCAAAGUCAGCCAGGUUUACUAAGUCCAUCCUCUCAAGAAGGUCAAAUCCAGCCAAAGACUUUGAUGAACCCAGGUGGUCAGUGCUACACUCCAAGGAUGGUGCCGCACCCUCCAUCAGCCCAGAAGCUUCUCAGCAGCCAAGUGGCUCAGAAAGAGUACCUGCCGCACGCAAGCCCUGUUCACAAGCCAACAACAGUCAGCAGAGAAAAAACAAUCAAUCUUCCACCAAUACAGUGUGAACUGGAGACACCAGAAGAUGGGAAUUUAUUGUUUUACUCUAGACAGAUGCAAACCCAGCAAGGAAGGCCACAGUUGAGGAAGCAGGUGUCAAACUCAGUACAGAUGUAUCCAUUACAAAACAACUGUGCACUUCAGCAGCAGACAAUGCUGAGCGUGGACCCUAUGAAGCUUGACACAUCAAUUUACCCGGAGGCCAGCCAGAUGUCGAGUUGCAUAGACUCCUUGGAUCUUCAGCAUUCUCAGAUUGACUUUGGAGCAAUUUUGGAUGACGGAGGAAAUCCAUCCCUGACGACAGCCACCCUGACUCCCAACAUCAUUCCGAACAUUUCUCAAGCGUCCUCUUGCCUAACAACUCCCUACAAUUCCUUCACAUUGCAAACAGGAAUGUCCAACAUGGCUAUCAGUGACAUGAGUUCAGUGUUGACAACACUGGCAGGGGAAAGAAAGUUUCUCAAUACCAUGUCAUAAUGAGACUCUUGCUGAUGAAAUGAGAGGGUGUGGCAUUUAUUAACUUCACAGUACUAGAACUGUAAGUUCCAACUUGCCUCUUGUCAACAGCCGUUGAGAAUGUAACAGUUCAAAUGUCUUAUCAGUGAAGUCUGACCUGCUAAGCAAGAGGAAAUCAUGCAAUAUUUUGACCAGAUGUCAAGUGUCCUACCCCAACUGUGCUCAGAAUAUCUAAUCCCCAAGCCAUUUUAUGGCUGAGAGCAAGCUAUGGGCUGAAAUGAGACUCCAAAGAUAGAUUACACUUGGAGACCAUACAGACAGAUGGUCAGACAAACACUGUGUUUGAAUCUGUUCCUCUUAGUCAGUUUUUGUAAAACGUAUCGCUGUCUGUUCAGGUAUAAUUCAAAUGGACAGCUCUUGCCAGGUGAUGCAAUCAGCUCCCUGCAUCUCACCAUGCAUCCACACUCUUACCUUUUGCUCCCAACAAAAGAAAUUUCAGCAUCUCAGGAAUUAUCAGCACACACCCAAAGUUCAAAGGUCAAAUUCAGAGUUGUAACUUAAGUCUGAAGAGGCUCCUGCCCACAGUCUCUGAAUUGACCCAUCACACCAGAUUUUACAUUUCAAAAUAGUCUUUGGAAAAGAAGUUACAUAUUUAGGCCUGGAUUAUUAAUGACUGAGAUGAGUAGUUCUAUAAUACUCAUGAAAUUGAUGAAUUCGCUGUAUUCAUAGUGGAAGGAUAUCACAUCUACAUCCUCUGGGUUUCAAAUACAGAAAGUCUGAAGUACUUUUCAAAAACACAGAUUUUAGAUGCUGAUAGCUGACACUAUACUUUUAUACAGCAUACUAUCUUUACUUGCCAAAGUUGACACAAUUAGUUUGCAAAGCUCUAAGAUAAAUAUAACUGGGAUAGAAACAAGAUGUUAGUUUGGUCAUCAGGAUUAUUUGGCAUGGAAUACAAAUUGAAUGAGAAUACUUUAAUAUUGUGUCACUGCACAAUACACAUCUCAAAAUAUACAUUGAUUUCAUCAACUUCCACACUGUGCUCAAAUUUACUUGUAGGUCCAUUUCCAACAUUUCUAUCCCGUAUCUCAAUCUCUCUCUUGUCUCCAUCUCCAGUAACAGUCUAACUACUGAUAUAUUUUAUAAACCCACAAACUCUCAGUUAUCUGGAUUAUACCUCUUCCCACCCUGCCACUUGUAAAAAUGCCAUCCCCCUUCCCUCAAUUCUCCCGUCUCCACCAUACCUGCUCUCAGGAUUAGGCUUUUCAUUCCAGAAAAACUGAGAUAUCCUCCUCCUUCAAAGAAGGGGGCUUCCCUUCCUCCACCAUCAAUGCUGCCAUCAUCCACGUCUCUUCCACUUUGCACACAUCUGCCCUCUCUACAUCCUCCUGCCACCCCACCAGGGAUAGGGUUCCUCUUGCCCUCACUUACCACCCCACCAGCCUCUGCAUCCAGCACAUAAUUCUCCGGAACUUCUGCCAUCUCCAAUGGGACCUCACCACCAAACACAUCUUCCCCUCCUCCUCACUUCCUGCUUUCCGCAGGGAUCGCUCCCUAAGCCACUCCCUUGUCCACUCUUUCCUCCCCACUGAUCUCCCUCCUGGCAUUUAUCCUUGCAAGCAAAGCAAGUGCUUCACCUGCCCCGACACCUCCUCCCUCACUACCAUUCAGGGCUCCAAACAGUCCUUCUAGGUGAGGUGACACGUCACCUGUGAAUUUGUUGGAGUCAUCUUUUGUAUCCAGUCCUCCCGUUGUGGCCUUCUGUGUAUCAGUGAGACCCGAUGUAGAUGGGGAGACUGCUUUGUCCGUCACAAAAAGCGGGAUCUCCCAGUGACCACCCAUUUCAACUCUACUUCCCAUUCCCAUUCCAACAUGUCAGUCCAUGGCCUCCUCUACUGCUAUGACAGGGCCACACUCAGGUUGGAGGAACAACAUCUUAUAUUCUGCCUGGGUAGCCUCCCAGCUGAUGGCAUGAACAUCAAUACUCGAAGUUCCAAUAAUGCCCCCCUCCCCUUUUCUCUCUUUCACCUUAUCUCCUUACCUGCCCAUCAACUCCCUCAGGUGUUCCUCCCCCUUCCCUUUCUUCCAUGGCCUUCUGUCCUCUCCUGUAGGAUUCCCCCUUCUCCAGCCCUGUAUCUCUUUCACCAAUCAACUUCCCAGCUCUUUACUUCAACCCCCUCCUGAUUUCACCUGUCACUUGGCACCUUCUGCCACCUUGUACUUCUUCCCCCCCCCCCCCCCCGCCCCCACAUUCUUAGUUGACUCCUUCCCCCUUCCAUUCCAGCCCUGCUGACGGGUCUCGGCCUGAAACGUUGACUAUUUACUCUUUUUCACAGAUGCUGCCUCGUCUGCUGAGUUCCUCCAGCAUCUUGUCUGUUGCUAUACAUAUGAAUCCCAGCAGUGGGUAAUCUCUAGUGUUGUAUGCCAGCAUUUUCGAUGAGCAUGCAGGUACGUAUCGACACAAUGGCCAGAGCCCAGCAGCAGUCCUACACAGUAUCAUACCCAUUCAGUAUUGUCCCCCCGUGAUAGAGUGACAGACCCCACCCCACCAGUACUGUACCCUGGCAUUACACAGUGACAGACCCACCCCCAGCGAUACUGUACCCCAGUAGUUGUACAGUGAAGAUCUGUCCCUACUGGUACUGCACCCCAGUAUUACACAGUGACAGACCUUUCCCCACCAAUAUUACAAAUUUCAUAAGCACCUCUCUUUCUGCAAAGUUGAGAGUGUAUGAGAACACAAUCACAUUUCUUGUUUGCAUUUAUUGUGACAUCAUAGGUACGUAGUUCAGCUUUACUGAAAAUUUUCUGACACCUACAUCUGGUGAAAGGAGUGAUUAAAUUUAUCCAUCAAAAUAAAAUGUCUACACUUGAAUUCAGUUCAGUUCAGUUCUUGGGUUGCUAGCCCAGUUUCGAUUUUGAAUAUGGGCUUUUGACACCUGGCAGUUUGUGAGAAGGAGUUCUUCUCUACUUCAGGUGUAGUUAUUUUGGAACCUGCCCUUUAUGAUGGUAUUAAUUAAUCAUUAGCAGGUAUAAAUUGAAAGACCGUUGCAUCCUCUUUUGCUGAGAAAGUGAACUCUGCGAUUGAUUUUUAUGUAGAUAGCAGGAGAGUCAAAUUCAGAACAGGGCUGAGGGACAAUGAAAAAGCAUUUUAAAACAUUUCAAAUGAGCAUUCCCUCUUGGUAUGGAAUUCACAGCAGUACGUACAGGGCCUCCCCUAUGUUAUAAGCAGCAGAUUUUUGUACACCCCUACAUAUGAAAGAGAUCAGCGAAACACUAUCAAUUUUCCAUGUAACAUCUCUGCCACCACUGCCUCUGAAGAACACAGGCUGCCAGGUUCACUGCUGGAGGCUCCUUUAAGGGAGUUACUUUGGAAACUGAUAACAAUAACUUCUAUGGAUGCUUGUGCAGCAACUCUCUAUUAAACAAUGCACUAAUCACUGAUAAUUCAUGCUCAUCAAAACCAGCUAUUGAUUGUGGGACAUCCUGAUUCUGUACUAGGGGAAGAAAAUGAAGAAAUAUUUUUAUUAAUCUGUGGAGGUAUAGUUAUGUAUCCAGUAAUUUUGUGUGUUUUCCAAUUCAUGGACAAAAUCAACUUCUGCAUGUCUGUAAAAAGGGAAUCUGUUCCUUAUGCAGGGACAGCCUGUGAUAGAGAAAUUACUUUUAUGCUGUAUUUUUUGUAUGUAAAUCAAAUGCUUAAUUACUAUUACAUAGAGUUCUCUUUAUUUACAAAGAAUCAGAGGAGACAGAUUGUACAUGAUCAGUUUAUUGUUUUGGUUCUUUGCAACGUAACAGCGCAUUGACAGAAUGAUCAGGUAUUUUUGUACGUUUUUUUCAAAUAAAGCUGUGCAACAAUUGGCAGAGUGCACGUGCUAUCUUCUGCAACCACCUACUUGGUUCUCAACAAAGCCGAGCUGUCUUGAAAUGCCAAGUAACUCCCACCCUGAAAGAAAGCUUCCUCUGACAGACUGACGUUAAGAGCAGAAGAAACGUGAAGGAUAAAUAGAUCAGUGGUCGCACUGCACAGAGAUUCCUCAGGCACCGGUGGAGAGUGAGCACUGUCAGACUGAGGGAGCCUGGCCCAAGCAGAGCUGACAAUCCCAUUCUGUGAUGUAAGCAGCACUCCAAGUGGAUAUUUUUCUAUAGUGUAGGAAGCCAUUUGGCCCAUCAAGUCUAUUCCAGCUCUCAGAGCAAUCUCAUCAGUCCCAUUUCCCUCACAAAAUUCUCCCAACAUCAGCUUCCUCCAGAUUCUACCCCUCAGCCACACACUAGUGGCAAUUUACAGUGGCCAAUUAACCCACCAACACUACAUGUCUCAGGGAUACGGAAGGAAACCGGAGCAUUUGGGGGUCACAGAGAACAUGCAAACUCCACACAGACAGCACCAGAGGUCAGGACUGAACCCAGGUCUCUGGAGCUAUGGUACAGGUACACCUGUUCUACCAGGUGCAGCAUUGUGCUUCCCUGACCAAGGCAUUAAUCCCAGAUCAUCGAUGCGUUGUUGGGCUCAGUUUGGAAAUGUAGGGAGUGUGCUUUGGAUAAAACAGACAAUAUUACAAAAUUGUUGAUUCAUGAAACUGCUCCCAAAGUCCAACUGUUCCCUACAGGAACACUGUGCCGUGGUGUGAACUCUACUUGCAGUUUUGUGCUUUUUACUUCAGAAAGGCUGUAUUUAGGUUCACCAAACUGAUCCCUGAGGAUGGCACUGGACGAGCAAUGGUUCGGUUAGGACUGUAGCUACUGGAGUUCAGAAAGAUGAGUGAGGAUCUCAAAGAAAUGUAUAAUGUUCAAAGAGAACGGGACAGGUUGGAUAUGGGGAGGAUGUUUCGAUAGUGAGAGAAUCCAGACCCAAGGAGUCACAGCCUCUGGGUAUGGGUACGAAAUACAGAAGUGAGAUCAGGAGAAAUAUCUUCACCUAGAGGUGGUGAAUCUGUGGAAUUCUCCACCACAGAAGGCAGUGGAGACUAUGUCAGUGAGUGUACCCAAGAGGAGAUGGAUAGGUUUCCCAAUGUAAUACGGAUCAAGAGAAGUGGGGAGAAGGCAGGAACAUGGUACAGAGUGGGUGAUCAGCCACAAUCAUGUUGGAAUGGGGAGAAGGUGGCCAAAUGGCCUUCUCCUGUUCUCCUGCUCCCACUUUUUAUGCUUUCAGGUUUGAAUGGCAGACAGGCUUUGGCGUUAUACAAACUUUGACACCAAAAUUGGUGGUGUGGUGGACAGUGAAAAAUGUCUGAGAUUACAGUAGGAUCCAGCUCAACUGGGAAAGUAGGAAGGGAAUAGCAGAUUCCCUUGUCAAUGGGCCAAAUUGCCUCCUACACCAUAAGAAAAUAUGGGAACUGUGCAUUGGUCCUAACCAUUUAUACAAUCUUGCACUCAGGAAUGCUGCCUGCAUCACUGAUUGGGGCUGUCAGAUCUGCUUGGGCCUGGCGGUGCUCACUCUCCACGCUCUGAUGAGGAACCACAGGAGAGAGUUGCUCGUGUCUGAGGAAUCAGGACCAGGGACCCACUGAUUUAUUUAUCCUUCAUGUGUAUUGUACAAAGUUUUGGAAGUUAAUCCAGGGCAGGACCUACACAGUGAAUGACAGGGCCCUGUGGAAUGUUGUGGAACAGAAGGACCUUAUGGUACAGGUACAUAGAUCCUUGAAAGUGACAACACUGGCAAACAAGGUGGCGAAGAAGGCGUAUAGCAUGAUUACUCUCAUUGGACAGGGCACUGAGUACAAGAUCAUCCUACAGCUGUCCAAGACAUUUGGUGAGACCACAUUUGGAGUAUUGUGUGUAGUUCUAGUCAACAUACUACUAGAUGAUGUGAUUAAGCUAGAGGGCUGAAGGAAAGACUCUUAAGGAUAUUGUUGGGAACAGAGGGCUCAAAUUCAGAAUCAGAAUUAUUAGCACUGACAUAUAUCAUGAAAUUUGUUUUAAGUAGAGACUAGAGGGAAGGAGGCUUGUACUGUGGUCACUUUAUUGGGUACAAUUGUACACCUGCUUGUUAAUGCAAAUGUCAAAUCAGGCAGUCAUGCAGUAGCAACUCAAUGUAGGCAUGCAGACAUGGUGAAGAGAUUCAGCUGUUGUACAAAUCAAGCAUCAGAAUGGGAAGAAAUGUGAUCAAAGUGUCUUUGACCGUGGAAUGACUGUUGGUGCCGGUCGGGGUGGUCUCAGUAUCUCAGAAACUGCUGAGAUCUUCACGCACAACUAUCUUUAGAGUUUACAGAGAAUGGCGCAAAAAUAAAAAAAAACAUCCAGCAAGCGGCAGUUCUGUGGGAGAAAAUGGACUGUCAAUGAGAGAGGUCAGAGGAGAAUGGGCAGGCUGGUUCAAGCUGACAGUAACUCAAACAACCACAUGUUACAACAGUGGAGUGCAGAAGAAAUCCCUGAACGCACAAACACAUCAAACCUUGAAGUGGACGGGCUACAGCAGCAGAAGCCCACAAACAUACACUCAGUGACUACUCUAUUAGGUAUAGAUAGAUGUUCAUGAAAUCCUGAGGGGUAUAGAUAAGAUGAAUGGUGACAGUCUUUUCAAGAUAAGAGGGGAAAGAUUUAAAAGGGAUCCGAGGGGCAAGAGUGGAAUGAGCGAUUUGAGGAAGUGGUAGAGACAGGAACAGUACUGUGAAAAGUCUUAGGUACGUAUAUAGCAAUUUACAUACAUACUGUAGCAAUUUUAUGUAUGGUACUUGAUGCACCAUCAAUAACUCACUCUGAGAUGUAAAGUCGAGAUAUCGGCUUUUAUUGACUGGAAGAAGGAACAAGCAGUGGUUGACCCCCAUACUACAUCCUGGAGACUGAGAGGCCGGGCUCAGGCCUCAAUCGCCUUUAUACAGGGGUCUGUGGGAGGAGCCACAGGAGCAGUCAGCAGGGGGCGUGUCCAGACAGGUAUAUGUAGUUCACCACAGUACUAUACUGCUACUGCAAAAUAAAACAAAAUUCAUGACAUAUGUGAGUGAUGAUAAACCUGAUUCUGAUCUGGGUCUCUAUUGUGGACUGAGAGUGGAGGGAGAAGGGAAUCAUGAUUGGGAAAAAGGGAAGGGAGAGGGGAGGGAGCGGGAAGCACCAGAGAGACAUUCUGUAAUUAUUAAUAAACCAAUUGUUUGGAAUCAAACGACCUUGCCCGGUGUGUCUCAGGAUUGGAUAUGUCUGCACCUGCACCAAACCCUGGUACACCUCUGCCACCCCACCCUCGCCAUUCCAAGCAUCCUUUGCUUCCACCAGAUUUACAAACUUGCUCUCUGCUCCAUGUUGAUAAAUACAGUACUGUGGCAUCCUAGCUAUAUAUAUAUAUAU